AUGCCUGUCACAGUCACCACCGAUCCCAUCACCACGCCGCGUACGACUUACCGCAGCAGCGUUCCCUUCGAAACGGCCGAAUCUCGUCUUCGCUCCACCAUUCAGCGCGAGAAGAAUGCGGCUCCAGUCACCGAAAUCGCCACGGCGAAAGCACCAGUCUUCGAGACCAGAGAAUCUUUCACCAAAUUCAUCCAGUCCAGGAUCGGUGAGCAUGGGUUCAUGCAUUUCCAUGAAUUCAACCACGGCACGUGGCUACAGGCAUACUACCCCGAGAUAUCGGGCGUGACUGGCCCGGAUGGAAACACCAAGCAUUUGCGCAGCAUCCGAUUCAUUCUUGGGAAUCCCCUGAUUGCGCAGACUAUGCUGAGACAUGAUCUGAACACUGGGUUGUCCGUACCUAUUGAAUUGCUGCUUUCUGAGGAAGUAGAUGGAAGCGCCAAGAUUGUCCAGUUCAGGCCGUCUGGUCUCAUUGCGGGCUAUGAAGGCGCGCCGGAGGAACUGGGCAAAGCUGCCCGGAUUCUCGACGGGAAGGCCGAGGCGCUGAUAAAUUGGGUAUUACGAGAUACUGGAGCCGAUGAGCCUAAAGGAAAUCUGUGA